CAGUUGGGUGAUGGCACUGGCACCGAACGAGGCACUCUGAGGAGGUCCGCGUUGUGGAGUUGUUGUUGUGUUUUAGCGGUGGAAGUCUUGAGCAAUUUUUUAAAUUAUUGUUGUUAAUCUCACUUUUUUAAUUGGUGAUUGUGUUGUGUCUUCGUUGUUUAGCUUUUCUCGUGUUUUGAGCUUUGUGUGUGUUUUUUUCUGUUCGUUUUUUGUGGGAAAGAAAAAAAUCAGAGAGAAAAAAAGGUUGUAAGAAGAAAAAAAUCCAGUGAAAGAGCUCUAGAAGGAAGAGGACACCAUGGAGGCCGAGCGGAGAUCCCACAGACUCUCCCGCGUGUGUUUGUUCCUCGCGGCGCUCGUCUGUUCUUGUCCCGCGACGACAACAGCAGCAACGACCUCGUCCCACGCCUUCAACACGACCCUCCUGGACGACCCUCUGGAGCCCAUCUGGAACCGGCUGGACGGCCUCUCCACCGACAUCCUGCGGGACUUCCAGAGCAUGGUCGCCGAGAUCGUGGAGACGACGAGCACCAGCCUGGAGGCGAAGCUGCAGAAGCUCGACACGGACGUCAGCACCAAGUUCGACGCCAUCAACAACAACGUCCUGCGCAAGCUGAACGAGGUCACGAACCAGACCACGCGGAUGGACGCCUCCCUGCGGUCCCGGAACACCCAGUACCUCACGUCGGUCCGCCAGCAGAUCGCCGCGUCCUACCAGGAGGUGGAGACCGUCCUCGGCUCCAAGAUCGCGGCGCUGGAGAACAAGGUCCUGGAGCACAUCAACAACAAGAUCGCCUCCCUCAUGAGCUUCAACCUGACGCUGCCCCAACACUCGCCAUCCUCCACCUCCGCCUCCUCCACCACCACCUCGUCCUCCUCCUCCACCCUCUCCUCCUCCACGGCGUCGACGGCCCUCAGCGCCGAGGACUCGCAGGCGAUCGUGAACCAACUCAACGCCAAACUCGUGGCCAUCGACGCCAAGCUGGAGGACCUCGCCGACAAGGUCAACGUGGCCACCUCCACGCUGUCCACGAUCAACCUGCACGUGGCCAAGAUCAACGAGAGGGAGAUGGACGCCGACUCGAGGGCGCAGGAGCCGGGGGUCACCGGGGGGUCGCAGGGGGGGGCGCAGUCCUGCCAGACGCUCGUCGAUAAGAUGUCCGAGCUGAUGGACAACACGCAGCUGUCCAGUGACGUCAUCAACGAGCUGGAAAACCGCUUGGCUGAGAUGAGCAAAAUUCCGACGAACCUCCCCCGUGACUGUUCUGACGUGCACUGGUAUAAUCCGAGUUCGCCAAGCGGUGUCUAUGAGGUGUUCCCGACCCUGGAUGUCAAGAGCUCCGUAUCCGCCUGGUGCGAGAUGGGGGACCUGAGCCAGAAGGAGUCGGGGGGGUGGACGGUCAUCCUGAGGCGACGCAACACCACCUGGGGAUUCGUGGACUUCAACAGGACCUGGGACGACUACACCCAGGGCUUCGGCAACCCGGGCGAGGGCGAGUGGUGGUUCAGCCUCGACGCCCUCCACGCCCUCACGUACCGGCAGCCGUACGAGCUCAGGUUCCUCAUCCGGGACAUCGAGCAGGGGGUCUUUGAGGCGCAUUAUAAUACUUUUAGAGUCGAGGACGAGGGCCACCUGUUCCGCCUGGUCGUCGACGGCUUCUCGGGCAACAUCUCCCAGGACGCCUUCAAGUCCAAGCACCACGGCCGCUCCUUCAGCACCUGGGACCGCGACCACGACAACUGGGACAAGGGCAGCUGCGCCAUCAACAACGGCGGCGGCUGGUGGUUCAACGCCUGCCACUACACGACGCUGACCGCCCCGUUCCCGACCUCGAAUGACCGGGACGCCAAGACGAUCCGCUGGCUGAACGGGGAGACCUGGCUGGUGCUCGAUGACGUCACCGUCGAGGUCCGGCCGAACAACUACGCGUUGAGGUUCAAUGCGCAUAAUUUCGAGUGAAGGGAGUUGGAUGGAGGGAAUGGG